AUGCUUUUUGGGAUCGUUAACAAUCCUGCUCUGGCAGCGGUACAAUUCUUUGCUGUUGUGACGAUCGCCGUGUCUGCGGACGUUGUUAAUUACUGGCCGCAAUGUCGUCAAAAUUUGGAAUACUCGUUACCGGACAGUGCAUACUGCGAUAAAUACUUCGUCUGCAAGGACGGAGUUUUGACCGAACGUUUCUGUCCGGACGGACUCGGCUUCGUUCCUUACGCUGGCUGCAAGCCCCUGCAUCAGGUCGAAUGCGGACCACGGAAUCAGCUGCAGACGCCUCUCGGUACCGGGAAGUGCCAGCGGUUAAAUGGCGUUUUUUCCGCCCCAGAGGGAUGCGGGCGAUUUUACAAAUGCUACCAGGGGUUCGCUCAGCCUGACGCUUGUCCGAAAGGUCAGAUGUUCGACGACGUAAAGGUGCAGUGUCGGUAUCCCACGAGUGCCGAGCUCUCGGUUUGCACUCCAAUUUGGUACCCGGAAACGGCCACCACUCAAGCUCCUGCAGUUUCGGUAGUUCCUGUCGUUCCUGUUGCUCCCGUGGCUCCCGUGAUUCCUGCGGUGCCGCCGUCCGAAAUGCAGACCGUAACAUUUCUACCUGCGGGUUACAGCCUCGAAGGAUUAGAAAUCAUCGUUCCUGAUCCAAAUCUAUACAAAUGCCCAGCGAAUGACGCCUAUCCCUUCGGGGCUCAUUCCCGUCAUCCGAUAGCUGGGAAUUGCAAAUUCUUCUUACUCUGUCAAUCUGACGGAGUGAAAAAAAUUGCCGGAUGUCCAGAUGGCCUGGGAUUUAAUCCGAAGUCAAGUCUCUGUGAAGAUUCGAGAAAUAUUCCCGGCUGUGUUUACUAUUAUAGCAGUCCUAAGCAGUAA